CUCUCUCUCUCUCUCGCCUGAGUCGCCUCCUAUCGAAUCAAUCGAAGCGGCUCGUGCCUCUCGUGCUGUCUCGGCUCUCAGGAAUAGUUCAACGAGAUCCCUCGCGCGCACGGGCGAGCAGAUCGCGCGAGUGGAGGGAGGGGCGAAGGACGCCGCGAGGGGCAUGGGAUCCGAGGGCCGGAGCUGGAACGGCGGGAGCACGGCCGCUGCCGCCGGCCGCGAUGUCGAGGGCGGGGAUGAGAAGCUGACCACCCCGGCGGUCGCGGUAGGGACUCCAGCGGAGGUGCCGACGUCGGCGGCCUCCGUUGACAUCUCGCUGCCGCUCCCCGAGAUGACGCCUCACAUCAUAGGUCUCUGCAAGGAAUUGGUGAAAGGAUGGUCCUCGCUGGACAGCUCGUGCUUCUCGAUCGAGACGGUGUCUGGUGGCAUCACUAAUCUCUUGCUAAAGGUGUCUGUCAAAGAAGGCACAGACAAUGAGUCUUCUGUGACUGUUCGGUUGUAUGGACCAAAUACAGACUUAGUGAUCGAUCGGAAGAGGGAAUUGCAGGCGAUACCGUAUCUCUCAGCUGCAGGGUUCGGGGCUCGGCUACUUGGAAUAUUCGAGAAUGGAGUAGUUCAGUCAUUCAUCAAUGCUCGAACACUGUCACCUGCAGAUAUGAGAGAACCUAGAAUAGCAGCUGAAAUUGCAAAGGAACUUUACAAAUUCCAUCAAGUAAACAUACCAGGCUCAAAAGAACCACAACUGUGGAAUGAUAUAUUCAAGUUUCUGAAAAAAGCUUCGGUGUUGAAGUUUAAGGAUGACGAGAAGCACAAGAGAUAUGAAACGAUCCCAUUUAGAGAAAUACAAGAUGAAGUUAAAGAACUCAAGGAUCUCUCGGACCUUCUGCAUGCGCCUGUGGUUUAUGCACACAAUGACUUGCUUUCAGGAAAUCUGAUGCUGAAUGAUCUGGAAGGGAAACUAUAUUUUAUUGACUUUGAGUACGGGUCAUACAGCUACCGUGGUUAUGAUAUUGCAAAUCAUUUCAAUGAGUACACGGGAUUUGAUUGUGACUAUAACUUGUACCCAGGUAAAGAUGCCCAGUAUCACUUCUUCAGGAAUUAUCUGCAAGCUGAUAGAUCAAGUGAGGUGCAAGUGCAAGAUCUGGAAGCCCUUUAUGUCGAGACAAACACUUUCAGAUUAGCAUCUCACGUUUACUGGGCAUUAUGGGCCCUUAUUCAGGCAAAUGUAUCCCCGAUCGAUUUUGACUAUCUUGGAUAUUUCUUCCUGCGGUACGGCGAAUACAAGAAACAGAGAGAGUCCUGCUUCUCCUUGGCGCAAAGCUUCCUCUCAGAGCCGAGAAAUGGCUAGAGCCUAGAGAAGUUGUUCACGAGGCAAUACUGUCGCCCGCUUGUACACGGCGGUACGGGUGACCAUCUGCUGUAAUCGGGAAGUCCGUUGUGGUUGCAGUAGCAAGUCCUCGUUGUAUGAUCACAUGCUAGAUUCUUCCUGUUCCGUUUUCCUGCAGGAUGCACGUAUCAUCGCCUGGUAGAAAGCCGUACGACGGUCCUUGGGUACAAAGGGUUACAAAUACCUGUACUGUCUGUAAUAAACAUGAUCCUAGUGUGUUCUGCUUCGUGCAAUUUCAUGUAAGCACGCAUCGAUGUAUAUUCGUGCAACAUGUGAGCUGAUUGAUAGCGAAUUUGCUUAA